CUGGCAGGUAAUGCUGCCAUCGUGUCUGCCGCGCCGCAGAAUUUUAUCCAUCAGUCGUCCGUUGCUCUUGGAUCAUCGUGGUGGGAUGCAUUGACAGGAUUACAUCCAAUCCGCGCAUAACUAUGAGGAGCAUCGUGUGGAGAAGGUCCGGUAUGAUGACCACAUCGUGAUCCGCUUCAACGUCGCGUCCACAACAGAGCGCACUGCAGUCGAACACGCCGCCGAGGCGAUGGUCCUCGACAUCUGGUCUUCCUCCUCCAAGCACGUCGACGUCCACCUCCCCCAAUCCCGGUCCUCCUACUUCCUCAAGUCCCUUCCCCGCAUCCUCCGGGAGUCCUACGACCUCAUGAUCCCCAACGUCCAGCAGGCAAUCGACGCAACUAACCCAUCACCCCUCCCUGCUUCCGCGUUCCAGAUUUCUGGGAAAGGUAGCAUUGCAUCCCUCCCUGGUUUGCCAGACGCGUUCUUCCAGGAUUACCAGCCGUUGUCGACGAUUGACGCUUGGUUGCAUCUCCUCACAGCCCUCUACCCCGACCGCGCCUCCAUCCUCACCAUCGGCACCACCCCCGAAGGCCGCCAAAUCCUCGGCCUAAAGGUGAAAUCUCCCGUCCAGUCCCCCCAAAAGCGCAAAGGUAUCUUCAUCCAAGGCGCGCAACACGCGCGCGAAUGGAUCUCCGUCUCAACCGUCUGCUACGCCCUGCACCAAAUGGUCUCCGGUUACGACGUAGACCCCGAAGUCCGCGCAUUGGUCGAAGGCUUCGAGUGGACGUUCGUGCCGACUGUGAAUCCAGAUGGGUAUGUCUACUCGUGGGAAGAGGAUAGAUUGUGGAGGAAGAAUAGGCAGAAUACGAGUUUGCCGUAUUGUAAGGGGUUGGAUUUAGAUAGGACGUGGGGGUACAAGUGGGAUGCGGGAGCAAAGACGAACAUCGCGACCACGAACCCUUGCUCAGAGAACUACCGAGGCGAAGGACCUUUCGCAGCAACCGAACCCCGCCUCAUCUCCGACUUCAUCCAAAACCGCACCUCCUCCGGCGAAGACGACAUCCUCGCCUUCCUCGACCUCCACUCCUACUCCCAAACCAUCCAAUACCCCUGGGCUUACGACUGUUCCGCCCUCCCCCCCGACGCCGAAGACCUCGACGAACUCGGUAUCGGAAUCGCACACGCUAUCCGCCGUAUUCAUCACGAAAACUACGACGUCGAGACGGUGUGUGGAAACCCUGACCCGACGGAAGCUGGAGGCAUGCCCGGGGCGGCGAUUGAUUGGGCAUAUGGGGAACAGAAGAUUAGGUGGAGUUAUUCGAUCAAGUUGAGGGACACGGGUAGUUAUGGAUUUUUGCUGCCGAAGGAGGAGAUUGUGCCGACUGGGGAGGAGGUUUUCUCUGGGAUUAAGUAUUUGGCAAAGUUCAUUGCUGAUAAGGCGUGAGUGUGUUCCAUAUGCAUAGCCAGGACUUGUUGCUAUUGAUAGUUAGAAGGAGGAGAACACUUGAAUCAAUGCAUUGUUGGUUACACGUCAUUUACGGUGUUGC